AUGCUGAAGAUCGAUGAUAUUCACGAAUCAAUGCCGAUGAUGAUUGCUGCAUAUGAGGAGGUGAAGAUUGAAGAUUGUGAUCUGAUGCAGAUUGAUGAUGAUACGAGAAGAUGGUGGAAAAAGGUUGGAGAAGAUGGUGGAAAAAGGUUAGAUGGAAGAAGAGAGGAGAAUAAAGAGUUUUUCUGGUUUUCCCGAUUCUGCAUAAUGAAUCCCGCCGAUCUAUCAAAGAUUAGAGUUAACAGAAUAUCAGAUAUCUGCCAAAUAGAAGCAGACUUCACUGGUUUUACGGUCAACCCACCAAGAGUCUUCAAGAUCUCAGACGAAUAUGCGUUUCCAAAUACUGAUGUUAUGAAAGUCAUAUUGGGUUGCUGGAGAAACAGUUCAAUCAAUGAUGAUCUCAGGGUACUCGAGUAA